GGGACUUGCCUUUCGUGUCACUCACUCACUCACUCACUCACUGGGCUGGAGUUUGCGACAGAACAUUAGACAAAAGAAACGCUCACCUGUCUAUCAAUGGACAUGAAAUGAGCUCAGGGACAGAGGUCGGAUGCCGGGGAUUAUUGGAUUAUCAGAGCGCUGACGGAGCGAGCGACUGCGCGCAGAGCGCACGGAGACGUCGCACAUGCCGCACGGUUCCGCUCCUCUCUCUGCGCCACUGAGAUGGUUCGGACGCUGCUCCGGUUCAGCUGAAGGAAGGACGGAUCUGGAAGCAUCCUGUCCUGCUGUUGCUCAGUGAAGAUCGGCUCAGAGUCAUGGUGGUGAGGACUCAGCGAGGGGAGGUUGUGUGGCACCUGUGGCUGAUGGUGGUCACUGUGGUCAGCGGGUUUCCCACCGACCUCCAGAGGAGUCCAGCCACAGACAUCAGCUCAGCGUCUCCCACUGAGGUGAUAGCACAGCAUAGCCAUGGCGACAACAAUCCAACUCUCCAGCAGCUGCAGCAGGAGAACCUGCUCCAGACUCUACCAUCCAGUCCAUCCACCCUCAGGUCCAGACACCGCUGGUCCCAGCACCUCCCCCUUCCUGAGCCUAAGGAAGAACCUGAGCCCUUCAUCCUGGACCUGAGGAAGUUCCCAGAACUGGCCAAUGCAGACAUGGGUUCACAGAACCCCAACAUCCAGGUCACCAUCGAGGUGGUGGACGAUGGUCAGACUGAAACGGAGGUGGAGAUGGACCUGGCUAAGGAGGGUCAGCGUAAUGACUGGUCAGUGUCAUCGUCAGAGUGGGCCAACAGCCACAAGAAGCUGUUCUGGCCACUGUUCUGGGAGUACCCGGAGCAGUCGGAGAACGGGCUUGGCAGAGCCAGUGUGGAGGAGCAGUCAGAGGAUUUCAACUAUGACCCAGAGGAACUCAUGCUCAGUGGAGUGGGGGGUGAUGGUGGGGGGCACUGGAACAAAGACUGGCAUGCCAAGGAUAACUAUGAGUACGAGGAGGACUGGAGCCACUGGGCUCCCUGCAGUGUUACCUGUGGACACGGCACCCAGAAACGCACCCGCUCCUGUGGCUAUGCGUGCACAGCCACUGAGUCGCGCACUUGUGACCUGGAGAACUGCGCUGACACAGUGGUAUCAGUGACUGUGCUGACACCCAUCCAGAACAACAACAGCGCUGAUUCCCUGGACACAAAUGUAGACAGCUGUGAGAAGUGGUUAAGCUGCAAGAACGACUUCCUCCAGAAGUACCUGAACCAGGUGCUCACAGAGCUGCCCAGCUGCCCCUGCUCCUACCCCACUGAGGUUGUUUACAACGCCGUAAACAUCCCAGACCCCAAACUUCACAAGACCUAUCGCUGGAGGGACGCAAGUGGACCCAAGGAACGCCUGGACAUCUACAAACCGUCCGCCAGAUUCUGCGUUCGCUCAAUGCUGUCGUACGACAGCACAACGCUGGCAGCGCAGCACUGCUGCUAUGACGAUCAGCUGAGACUGAUAACACGAGGAAAAGGAGCAGGGGCACCAAAUUUAAUCAGUACUGAGUUUUCGCCAGAGUUGCAUUACAAGGUGGACGUACUGCCUUGGAUCCUGUGCAAAGGAGACUGGAGUCGAUUUCACUCGGUGAGGCCGCCGGAUAAUGGGCGAGAGUGUGCAGAUAACCCCCCAGAACAAGUGUUUCAGAUGGAACUCAAAGACGCCAGGGAGUACUGACACUGUGG